AUGGCGAGAAAUCUUAUCACACAGCUGGCGUUGUUGGCGCUGUCCUUGCGGAUCGUAGGGGCCGUCGACAGCCUGCGUCGCUUCACCGUCUACUCAGACCCCAUCUUCCUUCGACGCGGCGAGGUGCACAACCGAUACGUCCUUCCGAAGAAGUUGCCCGAUGAGAUUGUGCAAAAGUUUGCCAACAAGACCAUGCAUCUCAAGAUGGCGGACCUGGACAUCGUACUGGUCAACAAUGAAACCGGGGAGAAAGUGCCGGCUCCUCUGUACAUGACGUACAAUCACCACCAUGCCUUGCUCCUGGGGCCCACGAAAGACUUGAUGACGCUGUACAACCACACCAAGGGCAAGGACCCUCUUGAUCCGAGCAGCGAGGGCAACCAUGCCAGCAAGCAGCACCGCCAUCAUGGAUGCGCCAUGAAGCGUGCCUCCUUUGAAGCCAUCUUGACGGAAGCCCUGUCGGAGUCUCGCCGAGAGGACAUCUCUGUUUUUGGAGGUGCCAGCGGAGCAGAGUACCGAGGAACCUCGACUCGUUUGGCUGGAAGCUACACGUAUGAUGUCAAGUCGCCGGAGAGCUUCAUGGUACUCAUGCACUUCAUCAACACCCACGGUGUUCCUCAUGACCAGAAGCUAUGGGAGUGCCCUUGCACAAGCAGGCGGGUGAUUAAUGUGACCAACGGGACAAUCGAUGGAGCCAAGCCCAUCCCUUUCCGAUGCUCCCAGCAGCUCUUGGAUCAGGGCAACGCAGCUUGCAGCCUCGCAACAUACGAGGGUGGCUAUCGAUGCUGCGAGCACGGCGUCUUCUUGACGGAAGAACUGCCUGGACCCGACGCGCCUGUGGACCAAAUUGAAGCCAAGUUCAUUUUUGAGUACUACGAGCCUGAUGCACCAGAAACAAAGUCUGUGAGGCCGACGAUGCAGCCAUCCUGCUGUGAUGCCACAGCCGGUUAUCUUGCCAACUGGUCCCACUUUGCCAACAUCGAAUACGACGUUCCACAGUGCUCUGAUGGAACGCCUUAUGAUCACUGCGUGCACGUCAUCGAGAGCGUUGAAGUCUUCGAUGUGCCCAGCAACAACCACAGUGAUCCGGACGAGGAGUUUGAGUUGGUACAUGCCUGGGGGCACCAGCACAUCGCCGGUGUGGGCCUUGAGCUGUACCGAGUCUCUACAAAUGAGCUGCUGUGCCAGAGCCAUCCCAAGUACGGCACGGGUGUACAAGCAGGUGAUGAGGCUGGAUUCCUCGUCGGUAUUCCACCUUGCGUUUGGGGCCCACCCCCAUUGAGCCCGCCUCCGAGGAUCCGCAGAUCCGAUCACCUGCGCACCGUGGCCAGGUACAACGCCUCUGAGAAGCGUCAUGGCGUCAUGUCUCUCUGGUUGAUGACAGCCGCAUCUCUGAAGUCUGGAAAGGACAAGGUAGAGUUUCUAGUCUGA